AUGUCUACAAGCAAACCAAAGGCCCAUGUACCUCCAAUAAACUGUAUUUUCAAUUAUCUCCAGCAGCAAGUCCCUGUAACUUUCUGGUUAUAUGAACAGGUCGGUAUAAGAAUAAGAGGUAAAAUUAGAGGGUUUGAUGAAUUCAUGAACAUAGUCAUUGAUGAUGCAGUAGAAAUACCUGUGGAUUCAACAACAGGAACAGAGCAGGUGGAUAAGGGGAUCAAGCUGGGCAGGAUAUUACUGAAAGGUGAUAAUAUAACGCUGAUAACGUCAAUAGAUGAAUAA